CCAGGUGAAAAUGUUCAACGGGUAGAAAAAAUAAUCCUGCCGAUGAGAGAAAAUUGAUAAAUUGUGUUUAUUUAAAGAAGAAAGAGGAUUUAUGUGAUUUAUGUUAAAAAAAUAAAAUAUACAACAGAACUGAGUUGAUCAAUUCAGCAGACGGAUUUUCUUCUGAGUUCCAAGUACAAAGCAGCUGCUCCUACUUUUAUAACUCCCUCGAGAUAGAGUGUUAAUACCAUUCUUGCUGAAAAAGAAAGUUUAGAUUAAAAAAUACAAAAAAAAAUGAUUAGACAAGUAAUUUUUCCUGCUGUAAGAACACUCACCAGGAGGCCCAUUACAGUUGCUCCUGUCCAGAGGAUGAUGGCGUCCUACUCAGGAUCUGGUAAGUCAGAACCUAUGGCAACAAUGGACGACUUGCCUGUACCGUCCGGCUCAUGGGAAGCGCAGUACAAGGCCAAACAGGCAAAGUACAAUUUGCAUUUGGCAUUGGGCGUCGUUGUAUUUUCUGUCACUUUUCUUGUCGCGAAAUCAACUGGUGCACUCUAUCUCAACUAUCUCAGGCCCGAUCUACCUGCUGAUAGAUAAAAGUUGCUUACGAUGGAGACAUUCUCUUAGAGCUCGUACAGUACACGGGAUUAGAAAAUAAAUUUUGUGCCGUUUCUAAAUAAUAGCUGUUGAUAAAAGUGUACAUUUUCAUUUUUUUUCCUGUAAACAUUAAAUAAAGCGUAAGAAAUAAA